AAUUCAAGGACUAUUUUUCACACCAUCUUUGUCGAAACAUGGUUGUCCCUUUUGCAUCUCAUCUUCAUGUUACUCCUUUCAGAAUAAGAAACAACAAACAAAUAAUCUUCAGCUGCUAAACCCAUCAAACAUCUCUUCAAAAUCAAAACCAAAUGAUUCUUACUAACAACAUUGCCACCGCAUUCCCCUGUUCCCACCGGCCACAAACCGACCCGAACCGCCAAACCCGUUUUCACUUCCGGCGGCCGGUGAGGUCUGCGGCGUCCAACGGCGUGCAUUGGGAGAGGAAGGGCGACAAGCACCGAUCAAUAUGCACCGCCGAUGAGCUUCACCGCGUAUCUGUUUCCAACUCCGAUUGGAAGCUUGCUCUGUGGCGCUACCUUCCUUCUCCCAAGGCCCCUUUGAGGAAUCACCCGCUUUUGUUGUUGUCAGGGGUUGCAACCAAUGCUAUUGGUUAUGAUCUUUCCCCUGAGUCUUCAUUUGCCCGGUACAUGUCGGCGCAAGGAUUUGAUACGUGGACUCUUGAGCUUCGAGGAGCUGGGUUGAGCACAAAAGGAGACAGUUUAGUGGAAGAUGAAGAGUGCCUCAAGAAUUUGUAUGGAAUAGAUUCUGCAAUUAAUGAUGAGUUAGUAACUAAAUCAGAAGAAGUACGGCCAACAACGAGGUUGAUGGAGAUUUUUACAAGGGCAUCUGAUAGGCUUGCAGGCUUUCUCCAUGGAGAUUUAUCUAAAGGGAGACAAAAUUCUGCAGUUGUUAGUCAAGUCAAGGAUUUCAAUCAGAGACUUCGAACUAUUUUUGAAGGUCAAAAGUUUUUCCCAGCACCGAUUUUAGAGUUGCAAGACCGUUUUACUGCCACUUUAGAAGAAUUUCAGGAACAGCUUGAGCUGAUUGUUAAGUAUGAUUGGGACUUUGACCAUUAUCUGGAAGAGGAUAUACCUGCUGCGAUGGAGUACAUAAGGGCUCAAUGCCAACCAAGGGAUGGAAAGUUGCUGGCAAUUGGUCACUCAAUGGGUGGUAUCUUGUUGUAUGCAAAGCUCUCACGUUCUUGUUUUGAUGGAAAGGAUUCUCAGUUGGCAUCAGUUGUUACUUUAGGAUCAUCACUUGACUAUACUCCUUCAAGAUCAUCUCUCAAGUUGCUUUUACCUCUGGCAAAACCUGCUCAGGCUUUAAACAUUCCUGUUGUUCCACUUGGACCAUUGAUGGCUACUACUUAUCCUCUUACGAACAGUGCUCCAUUUGCUCUAUCUUGGCUAAUUUCUCAGAUUUCAGCUCAAGACAUGAUGGAUCAAAAGUUGCUUGAGAAGCUUGUUAUGAACAACUUCUGUACUGUACCUUGUAAGCUUCUCUUGCAGUUAAAAACAGCCUUCUAUAAAGGUGGUUUACGUGACAGGAGCGGAACAUUCUUCUACAAGGACCAUCUGCACAAAAGUAAAGUUCCUGUUUUAGCAGUUGCUGGUGACCAAGACUUAAUUUGUCCUCCCGAAGCUGUAUACGAAACGGUGAAGCUUAUUCCUGAGGAACUGGUUACAUACAAAGUCUUUGGGGAGUCUGGAGGUCCACACUAUGCUCACUAUGACUUAGUGGGUGGUCGUUUGGCAGCAGAACAACUGUAUCCAUGUAUAACCGAAUUUCUCAUUCAUCAUGACAUGGCCCCUGUAUAAUACCUCAUUCUUUUCUACAUCAAGAAUAUAGCUAGUUGAAGAACCUCAUAGAGAGGAACCCCCUUCAGGAUCCUACCAAAUACCAAUGUAUAUAUACAUGUCCUAUAUCUAGUCAUAGUGCAUGUUUGGAGAUCCUUUCACAAUUGAUUCUAAAGUUAAAAUAAAUUUUGGAGAGAAGUUUCUUCUUGUGAGUAGCCUUUGGGUGUCAACGUUGAUUAUCAGGAAAGUGAAGGUGACCCAAACAUGAUUGAAGACCAUGUACAAAUACACAUUGUAAAUAGAGUAUACAAGGUGACACUUGUAUGCAGUAGUACUGUGAACAAAUUCUGGGGAUGGAUGCACUGUAUCAUUCUGAUUUUUACCAGCUUCAAUUUACAAGAAAGCAGGUAAUAGGAAUGAGGAUGUAUUUUUGAUUAAAUUGUAAGUUGCAAAAGUUGAAUUGAAGUUGCAAUGGAAUUUAGUUAUUUUAAUGUUAAAUUAUUCAGUUGGAUCUUACGUA